AUGGACGCACCAGCCUCCUCGCCACUGCCGGAUGCCCCAAGUCCAGCUGAACCUACAACAACCACGAAGUCAACGGAAGAUACUGCACAAGAUUUGCAUCAACGUGACCCGGAAUACUGGCUGGAGGACGGUAACUUGACGAUCAUCGCAGGCAACGUCGAAUUUCGCGUCUACAAGGGACCAUUGCUAACCAAUUCGCCCGUCUUUAAGGACAUGCUCUCUAUACCUCAACCGGACGGGACAUCAGGAUCACAGUGCACAUGUCGGACCAAGCCUGCUGUCGUACAUGUGUCUGACUCGCCAGAAGACCUCAGGCACAUAUUCCGCGCCCUGCUCCCUGGGAAGACGCCACGCGUGGCUCCAGAGGACUUGACUUUGAACGCACGCUGCCUCGAUCACCUGAAGAAGUUCUUUGUUCAGAGCUUCAAAACGUGGGCGCGAGUAGAUCCUCCCCGUCCGCCCGCCUUCGAGGCCAUCCACUCCAUCGGUGUGGUGAAUAUCGCCCGCAUUACAAGUACCGAUGUCCUCCUUCCCACCGCUCUGAUGGGCUGCUGCAUGCUCAACUCGACCGAGCUCGUGAACGACUUCACGCGCGAGAACGGAACCCUGGAGAAGCUCUCCCCAGAGGACAUCGGACGGUGUUUCCUGGUGCGGGCGAACCUUAUGCAGGCAAACAUCAUGGCUACCCUUGGCGUAUUCGAACAGACGCUUUUCGAGGGCUGCACGCGGCGAGACGUCUGCGGGCCGGUGUUCCUGAAGCUACUUGACGAGUUGAGGAAUCAUGAGCGGGUGGUGUGCACACUGGACUGGUUCAAGUACUGGUCGGACUACAUCGACGGGAGAGACGACGACCGGAAGAUAUGCGCACGAUGUUAUAAGAUGCUACAGGAGAGGGAGAAGGAGCAGCAUCGCGGAAUAUGGAAGAAGCUGCCAGAGCUGAUGGGCGUCGUUGUGGAGGGGUGGGCUGCUGACCCCACGCCCGCGGUGGACGGCGGAGCUUGAGUGAGUCUGGCCUCAGUCCUAGACUCAUCAGAUGUCCACGGGCAUGUUCAUGG